UGUUCUAAAAUACAGACCCACGUGUUCUUCAACGGCUUUUGCCUAGAUCGGUGGAAACUGUUUUUGAGGUUGUGUUUUCGGCGUUGAAAAUUAAUUCCGUUGCGAAUAAAAAAUGACGAAGAAAGAAAAAGUCGUGAUAAAAAUCGAACACGAUGAUACGUUGGAUGGAGCCGACGGCGACACGUCGAUCGUAAAAGGAAGUAGCUACGAAGAGAAAUUGAACAACGUUAGCAUCAUAGCUAACCCCAUGGCGUCGAAAAAGUUGACCAAGAAAAUUUACAAGCUAAUAAAAAAAGCAUCGAAGCACAAAACAUUUUUGCGCAACGGACUCAACGACGUUCAGAAACACAUCAGAAAAGGAGAAACUGGGCUGGUCGUUUUUGCUGGUGACGUAACUCCGAUAGAAAUAAUGUGUCACUUACCUGCCGUUUGCGAGGACAAAGACAUUCCGUAUUGUUACACACCUAGUCGGCAAGAUAUCGGAGUAGCGAUGGGCGUCAAACGUGGUAGUCUAAUGGUUCUGAUCAAAGAAAAUCCCGAGUACAAAGAACUUUACGACGAGGUGAAAAAGGAAAUGGUGAAAUUGGCAUUGCCGUUGUAAAUAAUUUCGUUUCACAAUUCUAUUAUUCCAAGUUUGAAGUACGUUGUAAGUCGUCUAUUAAUAUGGGGAUAUUUUUUUAUUCGUAAACGAAAUCGGAUGCCGAAUGAAUUUGUUGAGAGUAUUUUUUUUUCUCUCCUUUUGUUCUGCAAAUUAUGAAAAGCAUAGAAUAAAAUAAUGUGCAGGCUGAUGGCUUGGACAAAAAUCAGUAAAUAACAAGAAAAAAAAAAAAACAUGAAUAAAUAAAAACGAAAAUAUUACUUCGAAUGAUGUUUUUAUUACGAAAUUUUCUACUCCUACAUUUCUAUACCUUAAAUUAUGUAUGCAGUAUGAGUACAUUUUACACGUAUGCAUGAUUAGUUCACAAUCUUACCCAUCGGGUUUUUCGUAUUCUUUAUUCUCUAAAUUAAAUCUUACGUACGGAGUCUCGUUUCAAUAAUUUUUCUCAUGCGAUUCUUAUUUGCUUUUCAAUUAUUAUUAAUCGAAUCAGCAGCCAAGAAGUUGAAACAUUUGAUUUUUAUUUUUCUCAUUAGCUAAUUGGCUGGCUGUUGAUUAUUAUUACAGUACGAUAGUUUACCUCUUUUCUUGGAACGAAAUUGAAUACAAGUUUAACGAAAUAGGCGGGUAAUUGUUAUUAUUAUUACUAUUAUUAUUGUUAUUUGGUAUUGUUAAACCAGUUUCAUAUACGUAAUUAUAUCGUACGAGAGCACCAUAUGUCAACGAUGAUUAUAUCCGAAGUCCUCUCAUCAUGUUUUAAGAGAAAUAAAACCUAAGAGCAUACAUUUUCAAGUUUAUUUAACGCGAUCGCGAUAUUAAAUAGUAACAACGAUAAUGGUUGUAGAAAAAAUUCAGUAGACUGUAAUCACGUGAUCUGGGUACUGAUUUGUGUAAAAAUUAGAUUGUCACCUUUGGUGAUGAUUAUUCAAUUGAUAAAAGAAGCGCCCAAUCAUCCGAUGAUGUAUUUUUUUCUUUCUCGUUUCAAUCGAAAUGCGUAGUUAUAAUCCUAGUAAGAUGGCAAAAGUAUAAUAUAUCUAAUUCGAUAUAUCGUUGGAUUGAGAAUGAGUUUGGAGGAAGCUCGACGAGAUCAGACCUCGGCAAGACUGUCUUGCUUAUUACAGAAUAAUUAUCAUUGUUAUUUAUUAGUUAUGAUAUAAUAGCAGUGUAUAUAUGUAUAUUUAUAGUCUAGUAUUCAAUGAACAUUGGUAAAAAAUAUACACACAUAUGUAUUGUGUAUAUAUAUAUAUAUAUAUAUAUAUAUAUAUAUUAGAGUGAGCCAAAGAAACUUACCUGUCGAAUCUAUGGUCUUAAAAGGACCUAUUUACUGAGAAAAAUAUUCUUCCGUUUGGAAAAAUUUUUAGCCCAAUUUUAAAAGGUGUCGCUGGCCAUUUGAAAUUUCCCAUUUAAAUAACACACAUAUAAUUUUUUUUCAUUAUAAAUGUUGUAACUUUUGAUCCGUUUGAGAUAAAAAAAUUUUCAAGGCAUAUUGCAAGGCAUGAAAUUUUCUAAGAAGAGUCCAUGGAGUUGAUUUCUUAGACUCCAAAUUCGUAUAAUUACGGGCGAUGAAAGUCGAAGAAAAGCGGAAAUAUGCGGUAUAGCGUUAAUACAAAAUUAUAAUCGAACUUUAACGAAAAAUGAAGAACGAAAACAAUUUAUUUUACAAGUGGUGCAAUUAAAUCGGCAGCAAUACCGUAAUUGUAACAAACAAAGUUUUAUCAACAAUUCAAAAGAAUGUUAAUGUUUAAAAGUGCAAUAAAAAAUAAAUAAAUGAUUUAACACUCUACUCCUUUGACGAAUCUAGUUUAUAAACAACAUCUUUCACACACCUUAUUUCAUUUUAGUCAAAGUUUUUUCAUUUAGUAUGGAUAUUUUCAAUGGUAGAGCCUUAAAGCUGCAUACUUCCGCUUUUCUUCGACUUUCACGGUCCGUAAGUAUGCGAAUUUUUGAGUCUAGAAAAUCAACUCUGGGUUUUUUUUCAGAGAAUUUAAUACCCUACAAGAAUAUGUCUUGAAAUUUUUUUUAUCUCAAACGGUUCAAAAGUUAUACCAUUUUAA